AUGAAUGGACAUAUGGCUUCAACCACUGACUACGCCGUGAGACUGGAUGGUUUCCGCCAGUCAGAUGCUGAGCGCGAUACCAUGGUCAGCGAACUCUUAGCAGCCUACGAAAAACUAAAGAUUCAAUACACCGAGAAGUGCGAAGAUUACAACAACGAAGUCGAAAGCCGGCGUAAGUAUCAGAGGGACGCUAAGCGCUCCCAGCUCGAGUUGUCGGAACAAAAGCAAGCUUCUGGAUCGAGCAAUUUUGCUUUGGCUAUAUUGGAUGGCGAUGGGGCUGUAUUUCAAGACUAUCUGCUUGCUCAGGGCAAAGAAGGUGGUGCAGAUGCUGCUCAUCAACUCUACACUGGACUACGCAAUGAACUCAAGUCUAUGUAUCCGGAUAGCAACACGGCUGACUGGAGCAUCCUCGUCCAUAUUGCACUUAACAUGCAGGGUCUAGGCAACAAGCUCCAAUCCUGCGGCGUGAUCAGCAGCCACAACGAUCUCGUAGCUUUCGCCCGAGCUUUUAGUCUAGCUCAACCUUUAUUCAACUUCAUUGAUGUUGGUAGCGGCAAGGAGCGCGCCGACCAUAAGAUCCGCGAGACCCUACGUCUCUUCUUGCCUAACAACCAGUGUAAGCACAUUUGGUUCGGGCCAAUGCACGACAAUGGCUACUUACCUGUAUUGGAGCCGUAUCGGCUGGACCCCAUUAUAUCGGCACGCUUGACGCUGAUCGAGACGAUGACUCCUACCCCUGGCUUUCGACAGCUCGGUCUCCGCACAACUAAAUUUCCUCGUGUCUUCCGCCCAGAUGAAUUGCCAGUCAGGUCCUCCGGAGUCACUUCCAGCUUUCAAGCAGCCCUACCGCCUCGGACUGGCACCAAUACAAGCGCUGCUCCGUUCUCACCAGCAGCUCGCACGAGUCCUAGCCCAAGUCCUGGCCCAUCAGCGGAUAAUUGGAGAUCUUCUAGUUCCUGGGCGACCAUUGGGAAGACUGGCGCACCAUCCAAGUCAAUCGAUAUCGCUCCAAAAAAGACGCCAACAAGGAAAAACCUCAUGCUCAAUGCUCAUGAUGAACGUCUCGACUUGCCAUUGCCUGAGCAAGACUCCAAAGCUUACCAGCGCUUUGCAGAUAAGGUCAAGUUAACUGGCAAUAUUUGUAACAAUUACCAUCUCGUCGGCAAAUGUAAGAGCGGCGAGUACUGCGACUAUCAUCACGGAGAGAAAUUAUCACCAGGAGAGUUACUUGUGCUGAAGCACAAAGCCCGGUCGCUUGCCUGCACUCAGAAAAGUUACUGCCGGAACUUCAACUGCUUCCUGGGUCAUCACUGUAAAUAUGGUCAUGCCUGCGACAAUCCGGAGUGCCGCUUUGAGGGAACACAUGGCAACAUGGAUCACACACCGGCGAAACGUGCUUUCGAAGAUGGCACAGAAGAAUGGCUACCAUCUUAUCUUGCCCAGUACAGCACAUGA